AGGGAGGAGGAGGAGAGAAGAGGAGCGAGCGGACUGGGGAUGUGAGUGUGAGGUAAUCUUACUCCCUCCCCCCCAGCCUUCUCCAAUCUCUCUUCCUGCCACUGCUGCUGGUUGCUGCAGACGGUACUUAGGAGCUGCUGAAGCUGGGCGAAAGCAGGGCGGGCACUCGGAGAUGAGGAAACUGAGGCUCAGAGAAGGGAAGUGACUUAUCCAAGAUCACCAGCUCUGAUCGGCACCUUCAGCACAGCUCCCCUUUCCCCUCCCCCCUUUCCUUUCCUUCCCUUCCUCCCCCCAGAGGGAGGGCAGGAGUAGUGCCGGAGCCUGAGUGGAGCUGCCUGCCCUUAGCCUGGCCUGUGCUGUCCAGCCUGGCCUGGCCCUGGGUGUGGCUGCAGGACCAGGAACAUGGCUGUUCUCUUGAGCUAUUUGUGGACACUCCUCCUAUGGAGCCUCGGCCUGUGCAUCCAGAUUCCGGAAGAAUUGAUGCAGCCCCCUAAUAUCACAGAGCAGUCCCCAGAGAAGCUGGUUGUCUUCCCUACUGAUGAUAUUGUCCUCAAGUGUGAGGCCAGUGGCAAGCCUGAAGUCCAGUUCCGCUGGACUAAGGAAAACAUCCACUUCUCCCCGGAGAAGGAGCUUGGGGCGACCACACAUAUCAAUUCUGGCUCCUUCAUCAUCACGGGCAACACCUCCAACUUUGCCCAGAGAUACCAGGGCACCUACCGAUGCUUCGCCAGCAACAGACUGGGCACAGCUAUGUCCCAUGAGAUCCACCUCGUGGCUGAGGGCGCCCCCAAGUGGCCCAAGGAGAAGGUGCAGCCCUUUGAGGUAGAGGAAGGUCAGUCAGUGGUCCUGCCCUGCAACCCCCCUGCCAGCGCUGUGCAGCCCCGAAUCUACUGGAUGAACAGCAGGAUCUUCCACAUCGCACAGGAUGAGCGGGUGACCAUGGGACAGAAUGGAAACCUUUACUUUGCCAACGUGCUCACCAACGACAGCCACUCUGACUACAUCUGCCAUGCCCACUUCCUGGGGGCCCGAACCAUCAUGCAGAAAGAGCCCAUUGAUCUCAGGGUCAAACCCACUAACAAUAUGAUUUACCGCCGACCACGCCUGCUCCUGCCUGAAGGUUUGACCAGCCGCCUGGUGGCCCUCCGGGGCCAGCCCCUGGUCUUAGAGUGUAUCGCUGAGGGCUUCCCCACCCCCACUAUAAAGUGGUCAUACCCAAGCAACCAGAUGCAGGCAGGCCGAGUGACCUACCAGAACUUCAAUAAGACACUACGUCUGGUGAGGGUGGAGGAGGAAGACGAUGGGGAGUACCGCUGUUGGGCCGAGAACACCCUGGGGAGUGCACAGCAUGUCUACUAUGUCACCGUUGAGGCUGCCCCAUAUUGGCUGCAGGAGCCUGAAAGCCUGGUUUUGGCACCAGGGGAGACUGCUCGACUCAACUGCCAAGUCCAGGGCAGGCCCCGCCCCAUGGUCACUUGGAGGAUCAACGGGGUCUCACUGGAAAAUCUGACCAGGGACGACAAGCUCAGAGUCCAAGGAGGGGCACUGAUCCUGAGUAACGUGCAGCCCAAUGAUACCAUGGUGACUCAGUGUGAGGCCAGAAACAAGCAUGGACUCCUGCUCGCCAAUGCCUACAUCUCCGUUGUCCAACUGCCCACCAAGAUCCUGACUCCAGACAAUAAGACCUACCGGGAGGUUCAGGGGAGCACUGCUUACCUUCUGUGCAAUGCCUUUGGGGUCCCCAUGCCCAGCAUCCAGUGGCUAAACCGGGAUCAGGCCACUGUCCUUCAAGAUGAACGCUUUGUCCCCUAUGCCAAUGGGACUCUGGCCAUCCGAGACCUUCAGACUAAUGACACAGGAUCCUAUUUUUGUCAGGCCGACAAUGAUCAGAACAGGGUUUCCAUCAAGGCUCAUCUUCAGGUCAAAGAGGCCACCCAGAUCAAGAAGGGGCCUGAGGACCGGACUGUCAAGAAGGGCUCAAAUGUGAACUUUCCCUGCCUGGUGUCCUUCGACCCCUCCCUGAACAUCCAGAUCGAUUGGUACUGGAAUGACCAAAACAUCAAGGACUUCUACAAGGAGGACAAGUACCUCAUAAAGGAGGAGGAGUUGACCAUUAUUAGCUUAGACUAUGCUGACCAGGGUAACUACAGCUGUGUGGCCAAGACUGCCUUGGACUCAGUGGAGAAAAAAGCAACAGUGCUGGUGGUGGGGAGCCCUGGCCCUGUGGGCCAGCUGGAGUUGUAUAAACAGAAGGAUUUUCACGUCCAGCUGUCCUGGAGCCCAGCGGAGGAACAUAACUCACCCAUUGAGAAGUACAACAUUGAGUUUGAGGAUCGGACCAUGGAACCAGGAACCUGGUACCCACUGGCUACAGUGCCUGGGAAUGAGACCUCAACCAGACUCAAGCUGUCCCCCUUCGUCCAUUACAACUUCCGUGUCAUAGCCAACAACAAGUUUGGCGCUAGCGAGCCAAGUCCUGACUCAGAGCCUUUCAUCACCCCCAAAUCAGUACCAGAGAAGAACCCUACAAAUGUCAAGGGAGAAGGGAAUGAGACCAACAACAUGGUGAUUACUUGGAAGCCCCUAAAGUGGAUCGAUUGGAAUGGGCCAGAACUGAAGUAUCGAGUGCAAUGGCGUCAAAAAAAUGAGUCAGAGUGGAGGGAAGUGAUGGUGAGAGCCUCGAAAUACGUGGUGUCCAACACACCCACUUUUGUGCCCUACGAGAUCAAGGUCCAGGCAAUCAAUGAAGUGGGGAAGGGACCCGAUCCCCACAUUGUCAUUGGCUACUCUGGUGAGGACGUUCCCCAGGCCAUCCCUAUAGUAGCUAUUGAGUUAUUGAAUGCAACCACAGUGAGAAUCAAGUGGGAGCCCGUGGAUCUGAAUGAAGUCAGAGGGCAUCUUCGUGGAUAUAGGGUGACAUACUGGUGGGUGAAUAGCCGUUGGAGUAGGAGCAAGAGACAUACCCCCAAGACCAUCAUUGACAAGCCCGCCAGUGCCAUGGAAGCUGUCCUCCCGGACCUGCGACCCUAUAGCAUCUAUAGUGUGCAUGUGCAGGUGUUCAACAGCCGGAGUCUGGGGCCACCCAGCGAGACCAUCAAAUUCGAGACUGAAGAGGGAGUACCAGAUCGCCCACAAUCACUGAAUCUCCGACGCCUGUCAGACACAGCCCUCCAGCUCUCAUGGAGGCCCCCCCUCAAUCCAAAUGGAGAGCUCAAAGGCUAUCAGCUUAUAUACAGGCCCUUUAACCAAGAGCCAGAAGAGAAUGAAAUGACCGAAUUUCUGCCUCCCACGACCCUGAUGUUCAACCUGAGUGACCUCAAACCCCAGACCUUGUACCGCUUCCAGCUUCGAGCAACCACCAAAGUGGGCCCUGGUGAAAUGAUCACCCAGGAGGGCAGCACCAUACUCAAGUCAGGGAUCCCAACUUUUGGAAACAUCUCAGCUGUGACCAGUGAAAAUGCGAGCACUAUUUAUUGGUUCCCAGAGGAGGGACAGCAUGAUGUCACAUUCCGGAUAUGGUUCAAACCCUUAGGAGAUAAGAAGAAUCUCGAGCCCCAGCAUGUCAACUACAGUCAGAAAUACUACAUUCAGGAGAACCUGGAACCCGAUACUCAAUAUGUCAUCUGCUUCUAUGCGUACAACUAUACAGAUGAGAUGGUGCUUUUCAGGAAGAUGGAGGUGAAAACCAGUGGCUCAGAUCGAAUGAGGCUGCCGCCUGGGAACUUUGCCACCAAGAGCUGGUUUAUUAUCUUCAUAAGCAUCAUCGUCCUCAUUCUCCUCCUGCUUCUCAUCCUUUGCUUUGUCAAGCGCAGCAAGGGAGGCAAGUACUCAGUCAAAGAUAAGGAAGACACUCAGGUGGAUUCUGAGGCCAGGCCAAUGAAAGAUGAGACGUUCGGCGAGUACAGGUCUCUGGAGAGUGACAACGAAGAAAAAGGCUUCGGGAGCAGCCAGCCCUCCUUGAAUGGGGACAUCAAGCCCCUUGGCAGUGAUGACAGCCUGGCCGACUAUGGCGGUAGCGUGGACGUCCAGUUCAAUGAGGAUGGCUCCUUCAUCGGCCAGUACAGUGGCAAGAAGGAGAAAGAGGCCACUGGGGGCAAUGACAGCUCCGGAACCACUUCCCCCAUCAACCCUACCCACGUGACCCUGGAGUAGGCUGGCAGUGGCCUAGAGGGAGAGGGGAACAAAGCCUACCGCCCAGCCUGCUCCCCUCCUCCUCCUAGCUGAGGGGUUUCCUCCACCCUGCUCCAGCAGGAGCUCCCUGCCCCUACUCUUCCAGCCCUAGGUGGGUGGGAUGCAUGGAUUUGGGGGCAGGGCUGUCUCCGGACCCCCUUCCUCUCAUCCCUUCCCCAUAUAAUUGCCAAAAAUCCAGUCCACUCCUCCCCGAUCCCCCCACCCACGUCUGCCCCAAGCCAGGGACUGCCCCUUGAUGUAAAGUUGCCCCUCCUAGCUCUUUUUUCUCCGAGCGGUGACGGUUUGGGAGGGGAUGAAGGGUGAACCCCAAGCAGUGUCUCCCAGACCCUGUGACCCUCACCCUCUGGAAGGGCUGGGGAGUGUUUUUGGAGGGGAAGCCUGUGAGGCCGAUUUGCAGGAUGCAGCCAAGCUAGCCUCCUCAGGACUGGGGCUUCAUCUCCUGCCUUGCCCCCUAGGCCAAGAAGGGGGUACCACUGUAUAGUUGAAAUGCCCCCUCCCCCAGUCCCCUUCUCCUGGACUAGGGCUGGGGAAGGGAGUCGGGCCAAGGGCUAGGCCUGUCUCCACUGCUCAGAUGGCUCAAGAAAACUGAAUCCCCCCAUACCAGGACCCCAAAGCCCUCCACACCCCCCACAUGCUUUCCUCAUACCCCGCCAGGUCCCCUUCACACUGCCCCCAGGUGCAUCUCAUACACAAGCUGCCUUUGUUAGACAUCCGACACCAGACAAGAAGCCGAGUGGCCUCGGUCAGUCGCCCGGCAAGCGUCUGACUCCCUCCUGCCUCACCCGGGACUCGGUGCCCUGACCAUAUCCCUCUCCAUUCCCCGGUCUCUUGGGUUAGGACACAGGACACGCAGACACAAGCUCCCCCCUAGUCUGUCCCCCUCUCCCUGGUGCACCUUGCCCCCGUCCCCCACCAGUGCAUCCUUUCUCCGUGUAAAUACGUUGUGACUUUGGAAAGUUCGUAGCCUCUUCCCUCUCUUCUCCCCCCACUGCUAGUGUGUAGGCCCAUGUCUGAGUCUAGGUGGUUGCUAGGUUUCCAUAGCGAUUAGCUUUGAUAAUCCCCUCCCAGGAAAAGAAAAAAACAAAAACAAAAAAAUGAAAAGGAGAGGGGGGAGAGUGGAAACUGUCACCCCUCCCGCAGCGCCGUCGCCGCAGCCUCCGUCUGUACGCGUCCGCUUGGUCUGUCGACAAACUCCGAUGCCCUCUUUUUUAUAUAUAUAUGUACAUAUAUGACAGAAUUAUAACAGGCAAAUAAAGACUUGGAAAUGACACAGAAA